CAGCACGUCGGCAAAUAAAAACGCGGAACGAGAAAAGAAACGAGUACGCAUCCGCAUCGAAACCCUUUCGGGCCGAAUCAGAUCGGUCGCCGCCCUUGUCCAGCGAUCUCGAAGAGCCGCCGGUGCAGCCCUAAGUCCUCUGCCGGAGAGCCAGAUCCGCCGCCCCCAUCUACCGGGCCGCCCUCCUCUGUUUCUUCGUAUCGAGAAGAGGCGUCUUUCCUGGGCUAGGGUUUCCUAAUCCUCCCGAGGAACAAAUUGCAGCAGUGAGGGGGCUUCGAUUUGAUCCGUACUCUAUGGCCGGCGGAAGCACAUCGAGCCGGCCGCGGUACGCUCCGGAUGAUCCGACUCUGCCCAAACCUUGGCGGGCGCUGGUGGACGGAAGCACCGGCUACCUUUACUAUUGGAACCCGGAAACUAACGUCACCCAGUACGAACGCCCGUCCGAUGAGCUCCCUCCUCCUCCUCCACUCUUGCCCCCGCCCCCACCGCUCCUUCCUCCCAAAUCCGCUUCUGUGAUCGCCGUUAGCCGUCAUCAUCCAGAUGAUCGCCGUCAUCGUCACGACGAUGACGAUCGCCAUGAUCGUUCAAGGAUCCACCAGGAUGGAAAUGGCAGAAGCAGGAACGGACAUAGCACAAAGGAAAAAAGAGAAGGGAAGAUCUCAACUGGAGGCCAAGGAUCAUCUGUCAAUGUUGGAAGGGCUUCUUCCAUACCUGUAGAAGCUUAUCGUCGUCAAAAUGAAAUAAUUGUGACGGGAGAAGAUGUGCCUGCACCAUUCAUGACAUUUGAAUCUGCAGGUUUCCCACCCGAGAUUUUGGAAGAGGUGCGAUAUUUGCUCCAGGGCGGAGCUAAUGUCGUACGCUGUGCUACGUUGUGCCACCCUCUUAAUGGGUAGCUGCUAUAUAGCUGGAGGGCCCAUUAUGGAGGGCUGAAUCUGGGAAGGGCUGACCCACUUACUGAUUUGUGGGUGAGCCUGCCUAUGGUGAUAUGGUUGAGGAUGCCACUCAGGUCUUCAGAAUUCAAGGUCCUUUCUGCUCCAGCUUCGCAUUUGCAAGCAGUUGCAAUGUUUGAAUAGGCUCUCCGAGCAACUAGCUCAUGACUUGAGCUGCCUGCCUUGAUUUGUUUUGUGCUGCUACUUGAGUCCAACAAAAAAGAAGGCCUUUUGUUCAGUACAGCUUGCAUCCGUGAGCAGGUACCAACUGGAAAGGGACUUGUGAGUCUCUUGUACAUCAGUUGGUUCUGCAGUGAUUGUCUAAGCUUCUACCUUGGUGCAAAGGAUAUACGUCCCUUUCUCUUGCUUCAGUUUGCAUCUAUCAAGCAACAGUUUGCAUUUCAAGGAUGCACUUCUGGCAUAAGCUUAGUUCUCAAUUUAACUUGCAAAAAUAUGCUCAGUAAAUUUUGUAUUUAGUUAGUUGUGUACCAAUAAUUCUCAUGGGACUUGAUGAUUUUUGUUUCCAGGUAUGCCGUGCUGGUUUUUCUGCUCCAACUCCAAUUCAGGCUCAGUCAUGGCCAAUUGCAUUACAGAGUCAUGAUAUAGUGGCUAUUGCAAAAACAGGAUCUGGAAAAACAUUAGGAUAUCUUUUUCCUGGGUUCAUGCACCUCAAGCGCCUUCGAAACGACUGUAAACUAGGUCCUACAAUGUUAAUAUUGGCACCGACAAGGGAAUUGGCAACACAGAUACAGGACGAAGCUUUAAAAUUUGGCAGAUCAUCAAGAAUUCUAAGCACGUGUGUGUAUGGAGGAGCACCUAAAGGGCCCCAGUUGAGGGAUCUUGAUCGAGGAGUGGACAUUAUUGUUGCAACUCCAGGAAGAUUAAAUGACAUUUUGGAAAUGAAAAGAGUGAGUCUCCGUCAGGUUUCAUAUUUAGUUCUUGACGAGGCUGAUAGAAUGCUGGAUAUGGGUUUUGAGCCACAAAUUCGAAAAAUCGUGAAAGAAGUACCCCAUCGUCGCCAAACACUUAUGUUCACUGCUACUUGGCCUAAAGAAGUUCGAAAAAUUGCUGCAGAUUUACUUGUUCAUCCUGUUCAGGUCAACAUUGGCAGUUCAGAUGAGCUUGUUGCAAACACUUCUAUCACACAGUAUGUAGAAGUAAUUACUCCUGUGGAGAAACAACGCCGAGUGGAGCAAAUAUUGCGCAAUCAAGAUGCAGGCUCCAAGGUUCUCAUAUUUUGCACCACAAAGAGAAUGUGUGACCAGCUGUCUCGAACACUUGCACGUCAGUUCAAAGCUGCUGCUAUUCAUGGUGAUAAGUCUCAGGCCGAGAGGGAUAGGGUUUUAAGCCAAUUUCGCACGGGUAGAUCUCCCAUACUAGUAGCCACAGAUGUUGCUGCUCGCGGUCUAGACAUUAAGGAUAUCAGGGUGGUGAUAAACUAUGAUUUCCCCACAGGAGUUGAAGACUAUGUUCACAGAAUUGGUAGAACUGGUAGGGCUGGUGCAACUGGAGUCUCCUACACCUUUUUUUGUCAACAGGACUCCAAAUAUGCUUCAGAUCUUGUUAAAAUUCUCGAAGGUGCUAAUCAGAAGGUUCCAAAAGAGCUAAAAGACAUGGUUUCACGUGGUGGGCAUGGUGGCAGGUCACGGCGCUGGGCUUCCCGUUCGGAUGCCAAGGAUAAUGGCCGCUUAGUUACUGGGCAAAGCAAUUUGGGUGGUUUGCUAUCACUUCCAAGUAGAUCAGAUUCUUAUCUUGGCAGUCAUGGCACCAAUGACCGCGAGCCACUUGACAGAUCUAGGGGCCGGGUUCGUAGCCGCAGCCGCAGUCAUAGCCGUGAUCGGAAGAACAAUCCCAGCUUAAAGAGGGCUCGGCUUGCAAGCCCUCCUAGCAGGAACCGUGGUAGCAGGAGUCGCAGUCACAGUCCUAAACAUGUCCUUGAUCGGUACCGUGGGGGAACAAAGGAGUUGACGCGUGUGAGUUCACAACUCCCAAGGAGGAUUCCAUCGCCAACUACUAGGCAUGCAAGCCCUCCUAGUAGGAACCAAGGUCGCAGUCGAAGCAGGUCGCGCAGUCACAGCCCUAACCGUGGAUAUGAUCGUCACAGUGGGAGAACAAGGGAGGUGGUACAUGUAAGUUCACUUCCGAAGAGAAUGCCAUCACCAACAGCUAAGCAUGUAAAUCCUUCCAGCAGGAACCAUGAUCGCAGUCCAAGCAAGAGCGGCAGUCCCAAUCCUAACCGUGGAUAUGAUCAUUAUGGUGGGGGGACUAAUGAGGUUGCACGCUCAAGUUCACCACUCCCAAAGAAGAUGUCAUCUCCCACAGCUAGACAUGCAAGCCUUCCUAGCAAGAGCCCCCACAGUAUUGACCAUGUCUUCGAUUGUCAUGACGAGGAAAAUAGGGAGGCGACACAUGGGAGUUCAGCACUGCCAAAUCUGAUUCCAUCAUCAACUACUAGGCAUGCAAGCCCUCCAGGUAGGAACUGUGGUCACAGUCAAAGCAGGAGCCUCAGCUGCAGUUCAGAUCAUGGCUUUGAUCGUUAUAGUGAGAGAACUAGGGAUGCAGCACAUGGGAGUUCACCACUCUCAAAUCAGAUGCCAUCACCAACCGUUAUGCAUGCAAGCCCUCCAGGCAGGAGCUUUGGCUGCAGUCCAAGCAGGAGUCGCAGUCACAGUCCUAACCACGUCUACAGUCCUAAUGAUGGCUAUGAUGCUCAUGGUGAGGGAUCUAAGGAGGUGACACUUGUGAGCUCAUCAUUCCCAAAGAGGAUGCCAUCACCAGCAGCUGGGCGUGAAAAUCCUCAUAGGAACCAUGUCUGCAGUCGAAGCAGAAGUCCCAGUCGCAGUCCUAACCAUGGCUCUGAUUGUUUUCAUGGGUCAGCUGGGCAGAUUGCUAGUGCGAGCCCACCACUCUCAAGGAGGGGCCUGUCACCAAUAGAUUGCCAUGCAAGCCCCCCUAUCAGCAACCGUGGCCAAAGUCGAAGCAGGAGCCUUAGCCACAGUCCUGGUCGGGGCGUUGUUCAUUAUGGUCAGGGAAGUGAACAGGAACCACAAGUCGAUUUGCCACACCCAAUAACAGUGCCAGCACUAGCAUCUCAUCGCACGUCUGACCCAAACCAUUCAGUGAUGCCAUACGACAACCAAAGAUCGCAGUCAAGUGAUGGGGGAAACAUAGCAGCGGUGGAACUCAACGAGUCACACGGUCAGGAUGAGAGAAGCAGAAAACCACAUGGAUCAGAUAGCCCAUGUCAGUGGCACAAAAGGUCUCCACUUAAAAAUGAAGAUUUUAAUCCACAGCUGUCAGUUCCAAGGCCUGCCCAGUUGCCAGUGUUGCCUCUCAACAGCCAUGUAGAGGAGGAAGAAGGCAUGAUUCCUGCAGAUGAGGACAGUUUAAUUUUUCAGGAGGAUGGUAGGACUUCACCAUAGCUCUCUAUCUCACCCAGCGACCUAACUCAGAUAACUAAUUAGUGUUACUUUUCUUCUGAGUGGUUCUGCAUUUCCUGUUCCUAUUUACCAUGGUGCAACUUCCUAUAUAGUUUGUUGAUUUGGGUAUUGUUGUAAUAUUCCCUAUGAAGAUGAUUAUAUCGGACCAUUGAUUGAUAUGGUGUACUAGCUAGUUUGCCUCUUAGAUCUUGCUGAGACUGGUAUUGAAUUUGUACAAUUGAAACUGUAACUUUGUUUCCAAUUCCUGUUUCUCCAACAAUUGCGUGUUUAGUAA